CUCUUCGUAUGUUCUAUCCUCCACUAUUGUCGGCAACGAACAUCAGGAUAUCAACAUGGGAUUUUUUCAACGCAUCCUUGUUACAGCCGGCGUGCUGAGCCUCGCACUUCACCCCGCCCUGGCUAUGCCAGAACCGACUCCAGCCCCGGAGCUGCAUACUCUGGAGAAGCGUGCCUGCUCAGCAGACAAUUGCCUGCGCGCAGUUCGACGCAAUGUCUUGUCGGCUAUACCCUUCUGCUCGACGUACACCACUGAAGCGACCGCGACGAUUCCCACAUGGGCAGCCAAUUGCCAGGAUAAUCCUACCAGAGUCUCCAGCGCGUGUAGUUGCCUUGCGACUGCUCCUCUGGUUCAGGUAUAUGGGCCGACCGACGACACGAGAUACACUAUCUGGGAGCAAGCCGAUAACAUCAGGAGCCGUCCCGAGACUUGGGAGGAGGCUCUUGAACAAUGUUCGGCGAUAUGUUUAGGGUCUGGAUCGACUUGUCAGUCCUUCUCUCUCACCAUGAUGCCAGGAUACCUCGAGGCACCUGGUGCGGGCUUAGCUUUGUGUUAUUUUUACAUGACGUUGUUCCAACCCGACAAAGUGACGGUCGCAUUGAACCAUACUAGAAACGUCGUGUUCGAGCGAGUAUAAAGUUCGCAGUCUCCCGUGGUCUGGAAUCUCUGAAUCAUCUGCUGAACCUUAUCGAUACUCUCUGAAUCACAGCAAAUCGAAAUGGUGGCGCUGACAGACGAGCGCCAGGGAUUACUCGCAAUCAGCAGGACUUUGGAAAGACGGAGCAGCACCUCAGGACUGAAUUCAAACGGGCAAACCCUAAAUAAACGUUUUUGACUUCAGAAUAUGAUG